GCCAAGUUUCUACUAGCUGUGGUUGUCCGCGUCACCGCCGCGACGUAACGCUUUCAUUGACGGUGCGGGCAGUAAACAAUUCGGACAUUAAUUCCCAAAGCGAGAGCGGCGAAUAAAUCGACCGAUUCAUUGUUCCGCGGCGGCGGAAGGAACGCCGGAGGGAGAGCAACUUUCAGAGGCUUUAGAACUCCGAUGAUCUCCCGACUCGGCGGCUCGUCGAGCUCCCACUGAGCCGUGGAAUUCUCGGGCGCUCGAACGAGAGAGAAAGAGAGAGACCACCCGAAAUACCCAAGCUUCAACAAACGGAUCGCCUUCCAACGCGAUCGAUCAUUCACCGCUCCGGUUUUCGAGAGGUCGCGAGGCGCCAGACGAAGAUUCCUCCAGAAUCUGGCCCCGGAUGGUCAUCAUGAUGGAAGGGAAGAGUUAGGUGAUCCAAAGUGCUGGAAAUUCACGGAGAAAAUCCCGGCGCGCUCGAGCUUCGGCACAAAGAAGAAGAAUAAUCGAUCGGAGCACUGGCGACCGAUCCGUCGGCGCGGCAUGACAAUGUCCUUCUGCAGGAUCACAGGUAGGAGCCGGGGCCUGCCGAAGCCGAACUACUUCCCGCUGCUGCCGCCGAUCAGUCCGGCGGACGCUAAGCGCUUCUGCCGCAUCACUGGCAAGUCUUACGGCCUGCCGACCCAUCACUACAUUCCGGUGUUGUUGGGCGUGCACGCACGCGACAAGUCUAAAUGCAGGAUCACGAACGCCUCCGGCCUCGGGCCGCAUCACUACACCGCCGGUCUGAUCGUCGGCGAGAAGAAGAGGCACGUGGUGCUCAAGGACUACCGUUACAUCUUCCCGGUGCUGGAGGGCGAGGGCGAGCAGCAGCGGGCGUUGCGCGAGCUCCUCGACGCGAAGCAGACCGACGAGGAGCGCAGCAAGUUCGUGUACACGGUGGAGGAGCGCAGAUGCAGCCUGGUGUUCCCGGCGAGGCUCGAGGCCGCCGUCAGGGACGGCGACGUCAGGGACGUGAUGCUGUCGCGCGACUGCGACACCGUGCUGCUCAGGCUGAAGCAGGGCAAGAACGUGUCGGUGGACUUCAGGAGUCUCGAGGAUUUCGAGAACCUCUACGACGGCCUGGGGCCGCGCGAGGAGGUGCUGAAGGAGCGGGAGAGGCUGGAGGCUGAAGCAAGGAGGAGAAAGCGGAGGAAGCAGACCGCUUCGCUGAAUUACGCGAAGCGGAUCUUCGAGGAGAAGGAGCGCGUGGCCGACGAGGAGGAGCUACGUCUGGCGAAGCAGCUCAAACUGAGGAGCGUUAAAGAGGAAACGAAGGAAGAAGCCACGGAGGAUUGGAAGCACGUGGACGCGGAGCAGGCGAGAUUGAGAUCCUCCGAUAUCGCGAACAUGUCGCUCAAGGAGGAAGCCGUCGUCUCCAGCGUGCUGGCGGACUGGAAUUCGUUCCAGCCCAACGGGAACGUUCCGCCGGGGGUGCCGGUGAUCGAUAGGAUGCCGGUCCCGGUGAGAGUCGUGCCGCAGGAAAUCCACCAGGAGUCCACGGUUCUUUGCGGCUCCGUGUGCGAGUCCGUCGGCAGCUUCGAGGCGAUUGCGAUCGCGAAGCCGCUGACGCCUCUGAUCGCGCAACCGGACGUGACGCUGCAGACCGUUCUUCGUGAUAUCCCCGCGGACGAGCUGCGGGACACCGCGGACGUGAGCGAGAAACUGCUGCGAGCCGGGGCGGUCGAGCGUCUCCCGCGAAUGGAGGAGGUUCCCGAGCUGGUGAAGAACCUGCCGUCGGCCGGGAGGAAGACCACCCUGCACAACGUCAAGGGUCUCAAGCUGGACAUCAAGUCGGCGGAGAGAUUCGUCGCGGGCCAGACGGUGCAGACGCCGUCGGGAGCGAUCUUCGUGCCCGGACAGACUCUGCGGACGCCUCAAGGACCCACCUUCGUGCCGGGGCUCACCCUCAACACUCCGGACGGCGGGCCUCUGCUGGUACCCGGACAGAUCUUGAGCGAGGCGGACGGCGCGAAGACGCCGGUCUUCGUCGCCGGGCAGACCGUCACGACGGAGCUGGGCGAGCGCUUCGUCCAAGGUCAGACGUUCCGCGGCAAGUUCGUCGAGGGUCAGACCGUGUUGACCGAGGAAGGGCCGAGAUUCGUGGCUGGCCGGGUAACGGCGAGCGGGACCUUCGUCGCCGGUCAGACCGUAGCUACUCCGGAUGGGCCGCGCUUCAUGGCUGGCCAGACUGUCGCGGAUUACCGCGGCGAGCAAGUCUUCGCGCCGGGGCAGAACGUGCGGACGGAGGACGGCAGGUACGAGUUCGUGCCCGGCCAGUGCGUCGAGUCGCCGAGCGGCGAGCCCAGGUUCGUUCCCGGACGGACCGUCGCGACCGCCGAGGGAGGUCUGCGGUUCGUCCCGGGUCAAUACGUGAGCACGACAUCCGGCGAUAAACACUUCGUCGCCGGAGUCACCGUGGAGACCGAGGACACCGCGACCUUCGUGCCGGGGAUGACGCUGGAUACGCCGAAGGGCCCGAAAUUCGUGGAAGGCCAAGUGCUGAAGACCCCGGAGGGCGUACUCUUCUGCCCGGGCCGCACCGUCGUCACCGAGAAGGGCUUCGAGUUCGUCGCCGCGAGCAAACCCGAUGACGCGCUCUAUCGAGACGCCGGCCCGGCCGGAAUCGCCGUGGACCCGAAGUCUGCGAGCGCGAUGUCGGCCUGCCUGCAGCAGCGGGAGGUCUACGGCCACAUGGUGCAGACCGAGAAGGGCAUCGAGUUCUUCCCGGAGAGCGUGGAGAACCUACCGGAGGGCAGGAGGAUCGUGCCCGGCCAAUUGGUCAGCGGCGACCAGGAUGGCCCGCGCUUCGUGCCCGGUGUGAUGACCGAGGACGGCUUCCUGCCGGGUCAGAUAGUCACGACGGAGAAGGGGGAGGAGUUCGUGCCCGGCCAGGUGAUCGACACCAGCGGUGGGCCGAAGUUCGUGCCCGGUCAGAUCGUAGAGACCAGGUCGGGCAGCAAGUUUGUGCCGGGUCAGACGAUCGACACGGCCGACGGGCCGCGCUUCGUCCCGGGCCAGAUCGUCGAGACGAAAGUAGGCCCGACGUUCAUCCCGGGUCAGGUGAUCUACACGGAGGAGGAGGGCUCCAGGUUCGUGCCCGGCCAGGUGGUGGAUACCCCGGACGGGCCCAGGUUCGUGCCCGGACGCGUGGUGGAGGCUGGCGAGAUGGGUGUGACCUUCGUGCCCGGUCAGAUCGUUCAGACCGAGGAGGGGCCCUGCUUCGUUGCGCCCGACCUCAUCGACACGCCCGAGGGCGAACUCGAGUUCUCCGUGCAGGGCUUCGAGGUCACGCCCGAGGAACUGCGACUGCUGCGGCCGCAGCACCUGCACUACAACCCCCGCUUUCGUCAUCGCGCCGAGACCAGCGUGGACGCCAAGAUGUUGCGUGAGCUGUCGGAGGCGGGAUUAUCCGUCGGCCGGAAAGUCGCCUCGAGUCUGCCGGCGGUGGACGUGGACGUGGACCCGAAGGCGGCGGCCUUGGAGCAGGCCCUCGUUGUGGCUCGGUCGAGGCUCGGUCUGCACGGCGGCACCGCCGUGAAGAUGGCCCAAGUCGUGUCCGUGGUUGCGCAACUGGCGAGGAAUAUAGUCAUGCGGCAGCAGCAACAGGAUCGUCUGGACACGUCGAAGCUGACUAACGGUAUCCAGACGACCGUUGCGGGGAAGGAGAACCGCGCGAACGACGACGACGAUGACGAGUCUCUUCGGGGCGCGAUCAAAGCGGCGAUCGUAGCCGCCGUCCUAACGAUGUCAGCGAGCGAGCGGACGACGUUGGAAAACGAGUCGCAGGAUCUCGUUCACUCCUCCAUCAGCGAGUCUUUCGACACGCUGCUGCGUCAGGACGCAGGUCGCGAGGUCGUUGACCGGACCGUCGACGAGAUCCUGAGGAUCCUGCUGAGCCCGCAGAACCGCAGCUCCCUCUGUCAAAGCGCGCUCUCCGAGUUGCUGGACACGAAGAACAGCAAAGUGGACAUACUGAGGUCCACGGUGAUCGGUCAGUCCUUGCAGAAGGACGCCGUUCUCGACAGGCUGUCGAUGGUGCUCGAGAACGGCACCGAUCUGAUCGGCCCGGCCUUCCGCACUGUCUCGAGAAACGACCCCGAGCUGGUAUCGCUCGUCCUGGAGAACGUGUCGCGACACGUGGCGGACGUGGCGACCGAGAAGGAGGCCGCGGAGACGGUGUACAGGGCGAUCGUCCAGGCGAUCCGCGAAUCCAGCGAGAUUCGUGUGAAGGAGCUGCUGAGUGCCGAAGGGCAGGACGUGCGAGAGAUGCUUCUGCAAGCCGUGGGCUUGGCCAGAGCUUUAGGCAUGUCCGGGACGGCGAGCAGCCUGCUGGCUGUGAUCAGCGAUGAGAGAUCCACCCAGGCACUGGCCAGCGACCGGGUGACCAUGGACGUGCUGAAGAGGCUGACGAUCAUGCGGAAACUGGCCGAGGAACGGCCGCUCUUCGUGAACGCGCUCGGCCAGUUGUGCAGCGACCCGGAAUUAGCCAGGACCGAUCCCCAGUUGCGAAUCCUCGUGAGGGAGAGCGCGGCGCUUAUGAUAGUGCCCGAAGAGACGCCUCUGUUGUCCUCGGUAGACGUGCCGACGGCGUUGCUGCACGCCGACAACAGCCUGGCGAUGGAGGAAUUCCUGCUGAGGAGGAAUCACAAGCCCGCGGCGAUCUUUAUGAUCCUCAAGCAGGGCCUGCAGGCGGUCGUGCCCAGGGAAGCCUCCAGGUCGGUGUUGACCGGCCAGGUCGCGUACACUGUCCUCGACGAGGACGGUAUACAUCACUUCGAGCCACUGCACGUGUUCUCGGCGCUGAGACUCAAUCGGCCGGCCGCCCAUCGCUUCUCCAUGUAUUGCUGCCCGGUGGCGAAGGAGGUGGACAUUGACGGCGAGCUGAUGUCCGCCACCUUCACCGGCACGACCUCGAUCACCAGCAGUCUGGACGAUUCCCCCAACGGGAGCUCGAACAAGCGGGAGAACGGCAACGGCGCGACCUUGUCCGAACGGUCGGCCGUUUGCUCCGCUAGUAGAGAGAACACGCCGAGCCUGAAGAGAUCAAACGUCAUCCGGCAAGGUGGAGGCCUCGAGCGGGGAUCCUCGGAAAAUUACGUCGUCGUGAAGGACUACGUCGCGGACACCGAUGGAUUUACCGUGAGCGUCGGCGACAUCGUCGAGGCCGUCGAACAUGACGGCUCUACGAAGAGAGCGAGGAUGGAUCCCGAUCUGGAGGUCGAGGUCGGCGACAUCCUGGACAAUUCGGCCGCCAAGCACAAACUCGCGAUUCGGCCACGUCGUAAUUACACGGACCCGCGUGCUCGGGGCGACUCUUCGGGCCUGCAGAGGGUAUACGUCCGUACAUCCGACGGAAGGCAGGGAUGGUUGCCCGUGUCGAUUUUAAUGCAAACGUCACUCAGUGAGGAAAGUUCAGCUGUGCCUCACCGGCCGGAGGAUUCUCAUUAUCGACGAGAGGCGGUCGUGAAAGAACUAAUCGAGACGGAGGAAGAAUUCGGCAGGGAUCUUCAGCUGGUGGUCGAACGUUACCUGAAGCCCCUCGAUAACCCGGGCGUCUCGCGAGCCGUGCGAGACAACAAAGAAAUUAUUUUCACUAAUCUGAAACAAAUAGCUGACUUUCACAACACAUCGUUCGGCAGGGUGUUGAUCGAGGGUGUCAAGUACUAUGCGGAUCAGCCACGUAUGCUCGGCAAAACUUUCUUGAGACUGGAAAGAGAUUUUGACAAGCACGUGGCGUACUGCAGGGACGAGCCCGCCGCUCAGGAAUUUCUCCAGACGAAUGAUGAAGUACGCGAAUACUUCGAGGAGUUGAGCCAGACUCUGGGCGACGACAAGAGCAUAUCGGAACAUUUGAAGCUCCCGAUACAACGUAUAAACGACUACCAGCUCCUACUGAAGGAGCUGGUGAAGUACUCGACCCGAUUAGGCGAAAAUUGCGACGACCUUCAGAAGGCGCUCGAGUUGAUGCUAGGAAUCCCUCACAGGGCGACCGACAAUAAGUUCAUAAGUAAUAUCGAAGGAUAUAAAGGGAAUAUUCACAAACUCGGUAGAUUGCUCACGCACGAAUGGUAUACAGUUAUCGAUAAGGAGGGAAGAAGCAAAGAGAGAUACUUGUUCCUGUUUAAAGCGCGAAUCCUCGUAUGCAAAGUCAGGCGGAUAUCGGAGGACAGGUCCGUUUUCGUCCUAAAGGAUAUUAUUCGACUACCAGAAGUAGAAGUGAAGGAUCACCUGGACGACAUACGAUCGUUCGAGCUGCACAAUCCGGCUGUUCCGAAUUACCCCAUCACUUUGGUGGCUCACAAGGACCCCGUGAAGGGCUACUGGCUCAAGGAGAUCCGCGAAUACGCCAGCGACCUGGUCGCUCUCGCCGAGCACGCCGCGGACGACCUUCAGGUGACCGAGGAUUCGGAAACUAAGGAGGAGCCGAAGAGCGACGAGAAGCCGGCGCCGGUGAAGGUCGAGCCACCGCCUCCAGCGAAGGAAGAGGUCGAUCCGUCGAAGGUGCCGACCGGCAAUCCGGCGGAAGAAGCGAAGACGAGCCCAGUCGGUUCGCCGAGAGCGGUAGAUCCGACAAAGGAGCCCGCGAAAUUCGCGGAGAAGAGGAAGGACCCGGUGGAUAGCGCGUCCUCGGAAGCGAAGAAGACCAGGGUCGAGGAAGUGAAGAAAGCCAAGGUCGAGGAAGCGAAGAAGAGCAAGGUCGAGGAAGAGACGGCAGACAUGUCCCGAAGAUACUCCGCGAGUCGGUACAGCGCCUCGUCGAAGGUAGUGGAAGAGUACUCGUCGGUAUCGAGCAGUCGUAAUGGCGUGUCCUCGUACAUGGAAUCGGCGACGUCUGCUGUGGAAACGAGGACGUCUUCCUCGUCGCAGAACAUGGGCCAAAUUUCGGAAAGCGCGGCUUCCUACGAGACUCGCGCGAUCACCGGCGGAACGGCGGAAUCGAACGUCGACAGUCGAACAGCUAAAAUCGCUCUCACCAGCGACGCUGGCAAACCCGUAUUUAUCAAUACGAUAGAGGGAUGCAGUGUGGAACCGACGCGACCAAAAAAGGCAUUGAUACACGCCAUAGCCGGGGAAGUCGCCACCUUCGAGUGCACGAUGUUGACCACCGACGUGACUACCAGAAUACAGUGGUUGAAGGACAACAAGCCGAUGGAGGAUAAGCUGGCCGAUCGUGUAACCACCACGCUGGCCGAUAACAUCUGCAAGCUCGAGAUCCAGAAUGUUCACGAGUCCGACUCCGGCAUAUACAUCGCGCGAGCGUUGAACACGGACGGUGAAGCGACCUGUACCGCGCAACUGAUAGUUCAAAAACUGAGUCCGGAGGAGAAGAAGGCAAGAGCGGACGCGAACGCACCUAUCUUCUUAGUGCGUUUGAAGGACACCGAGCUCUUGGAGAACACCUAUCUGCGCUUCAUGAUCAAAGUCAAGGGAGAUCCCAACCCUGAAAUGAAGUUCUUCAAGGACGGCACGCUGAUCGACGUGAAGCACGAACGCGUGAAAAUCAUCCGCGACAACGCCGAGAAAGGAUUCUAUGAGCUAGUGAUUGCCGACGUGCAGAAGAAGGACGCCGGCAAAUAUUCGUGCACAGCUAUGAACCGCUACGGCGAAGCCACGUGCGAGGCGGAGGUGACGGUGACGGACGAGAAGCCGCUCUUCGCCGGACUUCCGGAAGGUCUCCUCGAGCUUGGAACUGAGCCGCACUUCACUUGGUUGCGCGACGGCCAGCCAUUCGAUCCUGAGGAGAGAUUUAAGGUUCUCUUCAAAGAUAACGAGGACACUCUGGCGUUGGUGUUCCAGCACGUGAAGCCCGAAGAUGCUGGUCUUUACACGUGCGUGGCGCAAACCAGCACAGGUAACAUCAGCUGCAGCGCGGAGUUAACGGUGCAAGGCGCGGUGAAUCAGCUGCUGAAGGAUCCGGAAAAGCCGAAGCUGCAAACGGAUUCGAAGCAGUCGGAAGUGAGCAUCGGCGGUUCCGCGAUGUUAGACCUGCAGGUAAAGGGUUUCCCGAAGCCGGACAUCAAGUGGACGAAGGACGGGCAAGAGAUCGCGGCCGGAGGCAGGAUCAAGUACCUCUGGGAGGACGAGGAGUCGCUCUCGCUGGUGAUUAAGCAGGUCACCGCGAAAGACGCGGGCGUUUACACCAUCACGGCGAAGAACGAUCUCGGCGAGGACAGCACGCAGAUCGAGCUGAUCGUCAAGUCCGCGCCUAAGGUCACGAGGAAGCAGUCGGAUAUGAUGAUCCUCGUGGAGGAUACGGGCACGAUGGUGGUGCAGGUGGAGGCCACCCCGGCGCCGGAGGUCACGUGGUACAAGGAUGGCCAGCAGAUCACGGAGAGCGAGCGUAUAAAGAUCAUGAAGGAGAACGGCGACACGUACAAGCUGGUGAUGAAGAACACGAAGGUGACUGAUGGCGGCUCUUACUCGAUCGUCGCGCGCAACGAGGUCAAUCAGACGACCGAGAUCUGGAAGGUCGGCAUCAAAUGCCCGCCGAAGAUCAAGAAGAAGCUGGGCGAGCCGCGUGUGAUCAACGAGGGCGACACGCUGAAUCUUCUGAUCGAGGUGGACUCCGAGAGUGAGCCGAGCGUCAAUUGGUACAAGGACGGUGAACUUUUGAAAGCGAGUGAUCGCGCGAAGAUGACGAAAAACGGGAACAAUUACAUACUCACAGUGAGCGGCGCGACGGUGGAGGACGCGGCGGUUUACAAAGCCGAGGUGGUCAACAAGCACGGAACGAUUUCGGACGACACGAGAGUCAGGGUGCGCGGCAUACCGAGAUUCAAGACGAAACUGUGCGACAUCACCGCGAACGAGGGCGACCUGAACGUCGAAUUCGUGGUGGAGGUGGAGGGCUUCCCGAAGCCGAACGUGCAAUGGUUCCUGGGCGACGUCGAGAUCACGGAGAAGCGUACGGAGUACACUCGCGUGGAGGAAGGCGACAAUUACAAGCUCAUCGUCAAGGAAGUGAAGACCGAGCUUAAGGGCCACUACACGUGCAAGGUGCACAACGAGUACGGCGAGAACUCGAGCAGCUCGGACCUGACGGUGAACACACGGCCGAAGCUGCUGAAGAAACUGACGGAUCAGCGGCUGAAGGAGGGCGAGACGCUGACACUGUCGUUGGAGGUGUCCGCCACGCCGGAGCCGGAGGUCAAGUGGUACAAGGACGGCGAGGAAGUGUCGGCGGACGCCCGGAUCAAGAUCACCAGGGACAGCCAGCGCAAAGAGAGUUACGACCUGACGGUGACGUUGCUGAAGGGUUCGGACGGCGGCUUGUACGAGGUGCGGGCCGAGAACGCGCUGGGCUACGUCACCAGCAAGAGCAAGGUCAUCGUGUUGACUGAAACGGAAGACAAGGUCGACGAAAAGGUACAGCCGCCGCGGGAGAAGGUGGUGAAGGUGACGGUGCAGGAGGAGGAAACUCGAGCGGAGAAACCGAUAGAAGUGGAAGUGUCGCAGCAGCCGGGCCUGCGCGCCGAAGAGUCGGGAUCGGAAGGUCGCGUCACACUGGAGAGACAAAACGUCCGAGUAAUUCAAGGGGACAAUGAAACGAUCACGAUCUCCGUGGCCUCCUCGACGACUCACGAAGCUAUACUCACAGGUCCCGACGAAAGUCACACGAUCAGCAAGAUGACGGCGACCAAGGUCGAGUGCCGGGAGUUCGGUAUCGACUCGAUGGGAGGUCCCCGCGUCGAGGAGGUCGCUUCCUACGCUUAUACCGCGCAAGAGGAGAACUCGAAGCCGCAGAACGGCGUGCUGGUCGAGGAGUUCUCGGAGACGGAGGAGAAACGGUCGAACCUGGCGGCCAAUCGGGGCGUCACGAUCGUGUCCGUGUCCGACGACGAGUCGACUUUAAAGGCGCUCUCGCGGGAUGUCAGCACGGAGGACAUGCAGACGGCCGAUCUGCCGGAGGAUCAGCGGACGACCAACGGCGUCUCCGACGAGCUCUACUUCAACGGAACGCCGGAGGACGUUCGACUGCACAGGCUCUCCCGGAUCACGGAGACCAUCGUCGAGGAGCGCUCCUCCGAGGAGCCGUCGUCGGUGGGCCAAACGUUGCAGAAGGAAGAUUUGGACGCGAAGGAGACGAACGUGCCCGUCCAAAGCGCAAUGAUCAGCGACGUGAGUCCGGUGAAGAAGGUCGCUGAGAGCACUCUCGAUCGAUCGGACGCCGCCGUGGAGGAGGAAGGAUUCUCGAAGCAGAGAUUCUCCGGCGAGAUGUCGAACGCAUCGCCGAAGAAGGCUGCCGAGGAAACGCUGUCGAGGCAGAGUUCUCAGAAAGCGCUUCUUGACGACGACGACGAGGAGAUCGACGAGGACAUGAAGAAGCUCCUAGCUCGCGUUAAACGGCAACGUAGCGUGCUAGACGAGAUCCUCGAUAAAGAGUCGGGCAGAGAGUCAGCACCGCCUCACGUAUUGAGCACGAAUCUCACCGACCGUACGAUCUUCGAGACGCAGAAUACGCAGUUCGAGGUGAAGGCCUCUGGUCUGCCGAGGCCGGACGCGGUAUGGCUGAAGGACGGCAAGACGCUUCGUUCUGGCGAACGGGUGAGGAUCAGCGCGGCCGGCGAGUCGUAUGAGAUGGAUCUUAGCAAGGCAACCCUCGAGGACGAAGGUGUCUACAUGUGCGUUUUGACGAACAAACUGGGCGAAGAGACAGUAGAGGGUUACCUGACCGUCGGCACGGUCGACGAUCUUCGCAAGCCGAGAUUCAGCGAGUCCCUUAGCGACGUGGACGUCGCACUCAAGACCGACGGGGAGUUCAGGGCUGUCUUCACAGCCGACCCGGUUCCGGAUGUAAGAUGGUAUUACAAAGGUCUCGAGAUCCCGUCGGAUGAUCCUAGAAUUAAGGCGACCAUCACCAACAGUCCGGCGGCGGACAAGCUGACAGAGAGUAAAGUUACGCUAAAGGUGCCGAAAUGCACUAAAGAAGAUACUGGAGAAUAUAACUUGAGACUGAUAAACAAGUGGGGCGAGGCUGAGUCUACCGCGUUUCUGAGUCUUCUUCUGAAGCCGGAAAUCGACACCUUCCGAGAUCACAGCGAGUCGGUUGACGAGCGAGUCGAGUGGCAAGCGAUUGUCAGAGGCAACCCGAAGCCCGCUAUCACGUGGAUGAAGGACGGCACGGAGCUACAGAAGGACGAUCGAUACGACAUGGAAGAGGACAAGAGAAACUGCAAAUACAAGCUCGUCAUCAAGAAGCUCAGUCUCGAAGACGGCGGCGCUUACACGAUCACGGCGAAGAACUACCUGGGUGAAGCGAGUGCUCAGGCUACCUUGACGCCUCACACCGAGCGUCCGACCUUCCUGAAGGACCUUUCGAAGAUACAGUGCAGCGACCGCGAGGACAUCGACCUGAAGAUCCGCGCGACCGGCAUCCCAAGGCCGAGCAUCACCUGGCUGAAGGACGGUGAGAUCGUCAAGGAAGACGACCGGCACCAGUUGGUGACCCAUGUAGAUGGCAUAGUGGACAGUGUCCUCACUAUCAAGACCUUCUGCGCGGACGACAUCGGCAAGAUCACGUGCAAGGCGAGCAAUGUCGCUGGCGCCACGCAGACCAGCUGCGAUUUGUCGAUGACGUUCACCGCGCCUUCAUUCGGCCGACCGUCGCUGCCGAGGUCGAUGGAGGUCGACGAGGGUGAGCCGCUCGAACUGAAAGCCAAGGUGGACGGCAGUCCGAUACCGAACGUCGCUUGGUUCAAGGACGGCGAGAGGAUCACACCGGAUGAUCACGUGAAGAUCACCGCCUUGCCGGACGGCACCACCAAGCUUACGAUCGACGUCGUCAAGCCCACCGAUUGCGGCGCCUACAAGCUCGUCGUCUCGAACUCCAGCGGCGACGAUUCCUCGCUCUGCGCCGUCGCUGUCACACCUUCGCGAAGGAAACCGUCGUUCACGAAGCCGUUGGAAGACGCGAAAGCCGUGGUCGGGCAACCGUUGAAGCUGGAAGCUCAAGUAUUAGCAUUCCCGAACCCGCAGGUGCAAUGGUUCAAGGAUGGUAUACCGUUGAGGCACACGAAGGAGAUGUACUUCAUGAACGAGCCGAAUGGCCAGAUCGGCUUGAAGAUCGAUUACGUACGUCCGGAGGACGCGGGCACCUAUUCCUUGAUUGUGUCCAACACACUCGGUGAAAUCACCGGCACCGCCAAAGUAGAGGUGGAGGAGAAAGAGAAGAGACCGGAGUUUGUUGCGAGCCUCCAGCCGCAAACUGUCGUCGAAGGUUUCCCGGUGAAGAUGGAGGUGAAAACUGUCGGAAAACCAAUGCCCGAGCUCAAAUGGCUGCGAAACGGCGACGAGAUUGUUCCCGACAAUACGCACGUAAAGAUCAUCAGCCAGCCGGACGGCAGUCACGCGUUGGUCCUCGACAAGGCGACGCCAGAGGACGUAGGCGAAUAUCAAGUGGUGGCCGGCAACACGGAGGGCACCGCGUCCUGCAAAGCCAAACUGGACGUCGCGAGUAAGACGAGGCCGGACACGCCGGAAGAGAAGCCGGCCUUCACCAAUCCCAUGCGUGACGUGUCCGUCGAGGAGGGUCAGCCGUUGGCGUUGGACGUGUCGUUCGUCGGCAAUCCCGUUCCCGAAGUGAGCUGGACGAAGGACGGCGAGUCGGUGAAGCCAUCGGAACGCGUGACGAUGAGCUGCGACGGCAGGAAGGUCAGUCUGGAGAUCAAGCCAUGUAACGUCAAGGACGCGGGUGCCUACAGCUGCCGGCUGAGCAAUCCGCUCGGCGAGGACACCACCGGCGCGAACGCCAUCGUCAGGAAGGUCUAUCAGUCGCCGACCUUCACGCAGAAGUUCACCGAUCUGCAGCAGUUGCCCAGCUUCGACGCCAAAUUCCCGGCGCGCAUCACUGGCAUACCGCAUCCCGAGGUCACGUGGUACUUCAACGACAGGCCGAUCUUGAAGGACGACGACAAAUACAAGAUCAAGCGCGACGGCGAUGCUUGCUGCUUGUACGUGAAGGACUGCUCUUACGACGAUUCCGGGCGGUACAGAUGCAAAGCGGUGAACAAGGGCGGUGAGGCAGAGUGCGCAGCCAACUUGGCUGUGGUUGACAAAAUCGAGAAGAUGCAGAAGAUCGAGCCACCGGCGUUCCUGAAGAGGAUCGGCGACUGCGAGGUUUACAGAGGCAUGCCGGCCAAGUUCACCGCGUGCGUCACCGGCUAUCCGGAGCCCGACUUCGAGUGGUAUCGCAACGGCGACCGAAUCUGGCCCUCCGAUCGCAUCAAGAUGGAUCAGGAAGGUAGUCUGUUGCGACUGACGAUUUCCAACGUGGACGAGCUGGAUGCCGGCAAGUACGUACUGAAGAUUUCCAAUCCUCAUGGUGAGGACUCCUGCAGCGCCGAGAUGAUUUACGAAUCCUUGGAACCACGAGCGAAGAAGCCUCUGGCCGACCAAUACGCGGACUUCGACAAUUACCGGAAGUCCGGCGUGCCGUUGCCGCUGGCGGACCGUCCGAUCAUCAGCCGCAUGAUGGACCGCCAUCUCACCCUCUCCUGGAAGCCGUCCAUCCCGAUCGGGCCGCGAGUGCCGGUCACCUACCUGGUGGAGAUGUGCGAGCUGCCGGACGGCGACUGGUUCACCGCGCGCACCGGCGUCCGCAGCUGCGUAUGCGACAUCCGGAACCUCGAGCCGUUCCGCGACUACAAGUUCCGCAUCCGCGUGGAGAACAAGUACGGCAUCAGCGAUCCGUCGCCCUUCGCCCAGACCUACCGGGCCAAGCUCGAGCCGGAGCCGCCCAAGUUCUUCCCCUACCUGCCACCCGGCAUCGACUUCCGCCCCGAGACCAGCCCGUACUUUCCGAAGGACUUCGACAUCGAGCGGCCGCCCCACGACGGCUACGCACAGGCGCCCAGGUUCCUGCGUCAAGAGUACGACACCCAGUACGGCGUGAAGAACCACAACUGCAACCUCUUCUGGUUCGUCUACGGCUACCCCAAGCCGAAGAUGACGUAUUAUUUCAACGACCAGCUGAUCGAGUCGGGCGGCCGUUACGACCAGAGCUACACCAGGAACGGCCAGGCGACCCUCUUCAUCAACAGGAUGCUCGAGAGAGACGAGGGCGUCUACGAGGCUGUCGCCACUAACGAGCACGGCGAGGCUAGGCAGAGAGUCAACCUGAAGAUCGCCGAGUACCCCACGUUCAUCGAGAGACCCGACGAGACCAUCGUGAUGGUGAGGAGGACCGGCCAGCUGGUCGCUCGCGUCACCGGCGUACCCUACCCGGAGCUCAAGUGGUACAAGGACUGGAAACCCAUCGCUUCGUCUUCCAGGAUCAGGAUUCAGUUCACCGAACCGGACACGACGACCCUCAUCAUCAACGAGGCCAUCACGAAGGACGAGGGUCUUUACUCGAUCAGCGCGGGCAACGUGGCGGGCUCGGUAUCUUCCUCGGUGAUACUCCACGUGGAGGAGAACGAGCACGAGUACGGAUACAGAACUUACCGGCACAAGAUGGACGUGCAGCCGCGCGACAAACCGUUCGGCGACUUCUACGACCUGGGCGACGAACUCGGUCGCGGCACGCAGGGUGUCACCUACCACGCGGUCGAGAGGAACACCGGUAGAAAUUACGCCUCCAAGAUCAUGCACGGUCGCGGUGACCUCAAGCCGUUCAUGUACAACGAGAUGGAGGCGAUGAACAGUCUGCAUCAUCGCAAGCUCCUGCGGCUGCACGACGCUUUCGAGACCAACGAUUCGGUCACCCUCGUUAUGGAACUAGCGGCUGGUGGAGAAUUAGUAGACACUCUUGCGAGACAAGAAUUUUACACCGAGAUAGACGUUGCUCGUUACAUACGCCAAUUGUUAUGGGGAUUGGAGUACAUGCACGGAAAUCAUUAUGCGCAUCUUGGUCUGACGCUCGGCGAUCUCCUGAUCUCCCACUCCGGCGGAGACGACCUGAAGAUCGGCGACUUCGGGCUCGCUCGCAAAAUUUCGCAGGCGAGGCUGAUGACCUUGGCGUAUGGUAUGCCGGAAUACGUCGCACCGGAAGUGACCAAUAACGAGGGCGUCAGCUAUCCCGCGGAUAUGUGGGCCGUCGGUAUAAUCACCUACAUCUUGCUGUCGGGUAUAUCACCGUUCAGAGGUGCGAACGACCGAGAGACGUUGACGAAGAUCAGAGCCGGCAAGUGGGACUUCGACGAGCGAUGGAGGAAUAUUUCGAAUGAAGCGCAGGACUUUAUUCGCAGCCUAUUAGCGUACAACGUCGAGCAGAGGAUGGACGUCAAGACCGCCUUGGCUCACCCGUGGUUCAAUUACAUCGACAGCUUGCCACCGGAGCCCUACAGAAUACCGUCCGAGAACUUGAAGAACUACUAUAAACUUUACCGCGAUUGGUACAGCAACGCUUCCAGCCGCAUGUGGUAUCGCAGGCGCAAGUUGGAGACCGCGUUUGAACAUCCCUCGCGAAUGGUGUAUCCACCAGGACACAGAUUCACGCCUGAACCCAGCGUCGACAGGAGUUACAGCCCAAAGAAGCCCUCGGCCAGGACGUGGGAGAACCAAGUGCCGUCCAGGGAGCCGAUUGACACGGAAAUCGGAAUUAUCAAGAGCGAAAGCCAUUAUCAAAACGGGCCGGACACGUACCUCCUCCAGCUGCGGGACACGGACUUCCCCGUGCGACUACGCGAAUACAUGAAAGUCGCGUGCAACCGCAGCCCGGGAUUCUCGCGCUCUAUCACCGAGGACAACGGCUUCGAUUGGAGGGCGCCCAUUAUUCGAGAACGUCGUCGCUUCACGGACGUCAUGGACGAGGAGAUCGACGACGAGAGGCGAGAGCGCAUCAACCGGUACGGAUCGGCGGACACGUACACGCUCAGGCGUUUGAAGAACGAGCUGGGCACCCGAUUGGACAGUUACGCCGAAGCCGAGGCGAUGAUCGGCUCGAAGAAGGAGGGUCAGCCGCCGUUCUUCCGCGAGAAGCCGCAGAUCUGCCCGAUCCAGGAGGGCAGGCCGGCGCAGCUCGUCUGCCUCGCGGUGGGCGAUCCGAAGCCGCUGAUACAGUGGUUCAAGAACGACAUGGUCAUACAGGAGAGCAAUCGGGUGAAAGUAACCGAGGACGGCGAAGGGAGAUCCAUACUCACUUUCAACCCCACGAAAGAACAUGACAUCGGCAUAUACAAGGUCGUGGCGAGGAACCCGAUAGGACAAACGGUCGUUAGAACCAGGGUGCUCUUGGCGACCGUUCCUUUCGGUCCGGAUUCCCCGGAGACGUCCGACGUCUCGGACACGGAGGUGCUCCUGCGGUGGAAGCAGCCCAAGUACGACGGCAACUCGCCGGUAUUGUGCUACAACCUUCAGUACAAGGAGGGGGACUCGAUCGCCUGGAUAGACGUCGGCUCCAACAUCGACCACGAGUUCUACCUGGUGCGCGACCUGAAGCAGGACACGAGCUACAACUUCCGUCUGGCGGCGCGCAAUCGCAUCGGCUGGAGCGAGAAGGGCAUCCCCUCGAAGCUGAUCAAGACCCGGCCGCCUGGCUGCCCGAAGGUGCAGAUCACGCGCGCGAUGAGGCACCUGCAGGAGCUGACCGAAGCCGGGCAGGAGAUCGCCCUGGAGGAGGACAAGCAGCGCAUCGACUACACCGUGGAGGAACAGCCGAUCGAGUGGUCCUCGGCGGAGCCGCAGUUGUCCAGCAAGUACAGCUUCAUCUCGGAGCUGUCGCGCGGCCAGUUCUCCGCGGUGGUGAAGGGCGUGGAGAAGAGCAGCGAUCGCGUGAUCGUCGCCAAGAUCCUCGAGCUGAACGCCGAGACGGAGAAGCAAGUGAACCGGGAGUACGAGGCGUUGCGCUCGCUGCGGCACGAGAGGCUGGCGAUGCUGGAGGCGGCGUACAAAGCCACGCCGAUCGCGAUGUUCGUCAUGGAGAAGCUCCAGGGCGCCGACGUGCUCACCUACUUCUCCAGCAAGCACGAGUACACUGAGAACUGCGUGGCGAACGCGGUAACGCAGAUCCUCGACGGGCUGCAAUAUCUGCACUGGCGGGGCUACUGCCACCUGGACAUCCAGCCGGACAACGUGGUGAUGUCGUCCGUGAGGUCGGUGCAGGUGAAGCUCGUUGACAUGGGCUCCGCUCACAAGGUCAGCAGGCUGGGCACGACCGUGCCGAAGCAGCUCGGCCAUCACGAGUACAGGUCGCCCGAGCUGUACAACGACGAGCCGGUUUAUCCCCAGACGGACAUCUGGAUGGUCGGGGUGUUGACCUACGUCCUACUGUCCGGGGUCUCGCCCUUCCGCGGCAAGGACGCGGACGAGACCCGGCAGAACGUAUCCUUCGUCAGGUACAGAUUCGAGUAUCUCUACAAGGAGCUGAGCCAGGAGGCCACGAGGUUCCUCAUGCUGGUCUUCAAGCGUGCGCCGAGUAAAAGACCAUUGACGGACGAGUGCCACGACCACAGAUGGCUGUUGCCGACCGAUUACAUGAUCAAGAGACGCGAGAGGGCGGUGUUCCUGGGCAACCGGCUGAAGGAGUACAACGAGGAGUACCACGAGGAGAAAUUGAAGCUAGCUUCGGAGAGCGACAGUCUGGCGAGUGAAAGUCUGCUGGGCUCCAAGCAAAAGCUCAUCAGGUCGACCAGUAUACAAGAAGAGCUGCGCACCACGUUCUAACGAUCAAACUGCGAUUUUCCAUUUAUCUUACACAUAUUCACACGCACUCACACGUACACACAUAAAACACGUACCACCUCGCGUACGUUGCCUAGUCUGUUUUACGGAGGACGAGAGGAUGAGAAACGAGAGACGCGAGAAGCGAGUUUCUCCGUUUCCUCUUUUGUUAUUAUUUAUUUGUUACAAAUUGUAAUUAUAACGGAGACCACUGCUGUUCGAUUAUCGAUGCUUCGCCGACGGGGAUGUCGUCGGCGGUCAAAUUACACACAGACACACACACACACACACACGAUGAAUUUUUUCAGCCGUCCGUUAAUUCGACGAGUAUAAAACGAAUGAAUUGCGCUCUACACAACCCGAUAAGACAAAGUGCAGAUCGAAUUUCUUGCGACUCAGCAAGAAAUGUUGAUUACGCGCGCGCGUUGUACGAAUAUUAUAAAUAAAUAUUUGAGAAAAAUGCCUGACAACA